GCGCACAUUUUAAACUUGUCGUUACGGUGAAGGGUUUUCCAACCGAUGACUAACGAGAGCGUAGUAGAGGCAUCAAAAUGCAAAUCAGAGGUCUUGGACAACACAGAGAAAAUGGAUUGUGAUCAGAAUAUUCAGUUGUCAAUGGUCGUAAAUAUACCGACUCCUCCUGGUCCUCAAUGCUACUGCAUGUCGCCACGUGAUUUUAGUAGACCGGAUUUUCAGUGCAGUGUUUGUUAUAAAUGGUUCCAUCUUGAAUGUAUAGCAUUCAACAUAGGAAAGGCGUUACCUUUCCUAACGGCUUACCAUUUCAUGUGUAAGAAGUGCAACCCGAUCGGGGAAGAAGUAUUUUCCAGAAAGCAGGCGAAUUUUACAGUUAUGUGUCAAACUGCUCUUGCCAACUUGAUGUUGAAGCAUGGAGGGCGUUUGUACUUCAUGGAAAUGAAGGAACUCAUCCCUUUUUUAGAGGAGUACUGGGAAGAACUUACAACACAGCCAAGAAGGUCCAAUAAUUCUUGGUAUCCAAAUAUCCACAAAACUUUGACUAGUAGUGAUGUAUUCAAGACGGUAGAAACUUCAGAUGGUCUUUGUGUAUGUCUGUCGAACACUGAUCUUACCAAGAUUGGCCCAAGUUAUGAUCGAUUUCGUGCUCUCACAAGUCAACUUCGGACAAAUAUUACUAAACUAGGAGUUCCUUCUGCUAACAUACCAAACAGUGUGUCACAGACCCAACCAUCUAUAUCAGGUUCCGUUUCUGAUGCACUUGACCAAUCAUCAAAUCUUACUUCUUCUAAUAAUCAGUUGCCUUUCACCAAUGAAGCCGAUGGCAUAGAUGUGCCUGUUUGGCGCAAACGCAAAUCUCCUGGCAGUGGGUUAUCUGGUGGGAUGGGAAACUUUUACAAUGGUUCUUCAGUGAUAUCUACUGUUCCAGGUGGAUCAUCAGAAAGUGCAGCACUUGGUACUGUGACUAAUGCUGAUGUCCCAGGGUUUCCUGGUACUAGAACUGCUGCCUCAUCAAAUGGUGAUGUAAAUAAUGGAUUAUCCAGUGGUCUUGUACGUUCAACUCGUCGGGCCACUUCGGCAUCUGUUCUGGGUGGGACCACACCCUUAAGUGGAACUUCAGGUUCUGAUGAAGGGCGUGCAAAGUUAAAUUCUUUAGGCUUCCCGAUUGAUCAUGCACUAAAUAAGGAAGGUUAUCGUUACAUUUUGGUGGAACCGGAUAAACAUGCCUCCGGUCGGGAGCAGUGGGACGAAUGCGAGUUUACAGCUGGGAAACCCAUACCUGGUCUCUUUUAUCGUGUGUUUUUAUGCUCACAAGUAGUUUUAUCUUUGAGUGAUCGGGCAAAUCAUUUGAAAGUUCACGAAUCGCAGUUGUCAGUUACUGGUGAGAAGGGUUAUUGUAUGGUCCGUGCCACUCAUAGCGUUAAUUCCGGUACUUGGUACUUCGAAGCAACUAUCACAGAGCAACCAGAAGGUUCUGCAACUAGAAUCGGUUGGUCUCAAAUGUAUGGUAACUUACAAGCACCUUGUGGCUAUGAUAAGUUUAGUUAUUCUUGGCGUUCACGUCUUGGCACCGCAUUUCAUGAGUCGCGGGGAAAACAUUACGCUGAUGAAGGUUAUAAAAAAGAUGAUGUUAUUGGAUGUAUGAUCUAUUUACCUUCAACUACUGGUCCUUUCACAUCGUUAGAAAAUCAAUGUUCAGAGUCUUCUGGACUGUUUAAAACGCCCCAAGCAAAUUCAUUAUCAUCUGUGGCUGGCGACAUUAAAUCCAACUUAAACAAUACAUCUAGUGGACAGAAUAUGAAUAAAUAUAAAAAUUUAUUUUGUACUUCCAAUUAUCUUCCUGAGACAUAUAAAGAUCGUCCACUCAUCAGAUUUCGGAAUUCUUUUUACUUUGAGGAGAAGGAUGAGCCGACAAAAGCGGAAAAAUUACUUCAUCCGUUGCCUGGUAGUAAGAUUACGUUCUACCACAAUGGUAAAUGUAUGGGAGCAGCUUUUACGAAUAUCUAUGCAGGCACUUAUUAUCCAGCAAUAUCAAUAUAUAAAUCUGCUACUGUUUCUGUCAAUUUCGGUCCAUAUUUUAAAUAUCCUCCGAGUGACGUAACAGACUGGGAACCGAUGUCUUCUCGCGUUAUAAGCGCUGCUGUUGAACAAACUGUGGCAGAUAUGAUCUGUUUAGUAGAAAAAGAUGGAUUCAUUGAGCGCACAAUCAAAUCAUGUACUCCUCAAUUUAAUUAACCAAAGGCUUUCAAAAAGUAUGAAGAUUUAAUUCUAUCUUAAACUCGUUUGUAAGUGUCAAGAAGUUAAUUUUCCUUCUACUAACUCUACAUCGUCAUCUCUUUCUGGUCAGUGUGUAUUCAUUGAACCUGUUUUCUAUCUGAUUAUUGCAAACUGAACUAUUCAAGCUUAAUUGUUGUACUCAUUCUAAAAAAUUUUUAUCCAUCUUGUUCAUAGAGUUUUUAUAUUUUCAUACACUGUAUAUUUAUCUAUGGGUUUAUUUUAUUAGGUAUCAUUAUUGAUUUAAUUCUUCAUAAUGUUUCUAUACCUUUCUUUUUACUAUACAUGUCUAUGUAUGUGCUUAAGAAAGAGAGAGUACUUGUGAGCUUUGUAUCUGUUUGUAAUGCUGUUCGAUGAUGAUUAUCAUCCAUCAUGGUGUUAAUUUUUCAAUUUUCAUUUCUAUGUCUUCUCUUUUCAAAGUAAAACAGUAAUAAAUAUAUAUUUAUGUACCA